CCAUCGACAUUAGCAUCAUCACCAUCACCACCAUCACAAGCAACAGUGCAGGCUCGAUGUCGAGCAAGGCGACCGCAUCGGGCGGUUCCGGUGUGGGGCCGAGCGGGCGCAAGUGGGACCUGGAAGAGUACGCCCAAAGAGCGCGAGAGCGCGAUCGCGAAGACCGAGAAAAUGCGCAAGAAAACGAGGAGAGGUUGCGUAAAGGACAGAAGCCCUUGACGCACGAACAGCGCAACAGGAGGAGGAGGGAGGAGCUUCCUAAACCAACAGAGACGCUCAAGGCUCGAGAAAAAGACUUGGAGAUCGAAAAGAACCUGAACAAGACGUUGAUGGUAGACAAUGUUGGCGGAGCUGGCGGCGGCAGAAAAGGGCCUGGAUUCUACUGCGAAGUAUGCAACAGAACUUUCAAGGAUAGCUUGGCCUAUCUCGACCAUGUCAAUGGGCGACUGCACCUUCGCAAGCUCGGUCAGACGACGCAAGUGGAGCGAUCGACUCUCGAGCAGGUACGCGCAAAGCUGGCCCAGCUUCGUGCACAGCACGCCGAUAAGGCCUCCGACCGGCAGUAUGACUUUGAUGCCAGGUUGCAGGAGAUUGCCGACAAGGAGCAGAGAGAGCGGGAAGCACGCAAGGACGAAAAGAGGAAGCAAAAGCAAAGAGUGCAGGCAGAGAAAAAGAUGGAAAACAGCGACAUGGAGGCUAUGGCCGCAAUGGGGUUCGGCAGCUUUGGAUCAAGCAAACAUCGGUGAUCACACUUUGUAUUCUAGACAGACGGCCGUCUCUACUUAUGUUUUUGUACACGAUCAAGCAGCCCAGACGAGAGACAGCAUGAAGCUGUCGUCGCCCACUUGCUGCUCCUCCUCGGUGAUGAUU